CUCUCUUUGCACAUCUCCGGUUGCCUCCGCCGAUCUGUGUGGUGACAUUUCUCCGUCCAUCGGCUGUCUCUCAAGUCUGUCCGGUAUUCUCACCAUGUGGCAUCAACCCACCCUACAAAUCUUGGCCUAACUACUGUCCUCUCUCUGCGAAGGUUUGGACGGCCUUGAUGCUAGGUUUAGUCCCUAAGAAGAAAGGAACUUCCCAGCAAGGCACAGAAGAGCCUAACCGUCAGCCCCACGGCGGGCAGAAUUGCGGCGAGUCGGCGGUCUGGGUGAAGAAGUGGGGAAUGGGCCAAAGCUGCACGAUGCAGAAAGACAGGGCAUCCAGGCUUCGCCGGCUUCGACACUUCAGGCCACAAGGCCACAGACACUCUCGGCACAACACGCACUUGACUUGCCGAGCGCAGUUCAACUUUCAUACGUCAUAAUGCCGUUUUCGGCUGGUAUGUGGGAUAGCACAAUUUGGCAUGCCAUCAGCGGCGGAUCGAUGCCAUCACCGUAAAGCGCUUUGUUCGGACCAUGGCUGCGGCCUCUGUGUCACGUUCCUUUCCUUGUUAGGUACCCUAUUCAACUGCGCUUAGCUUGUUCUAGCCAUGAUUUUUGGCAACGAAAGGCAGGAUGACGUCCUCGAGCAUAAGCAUCCUCUCUUGCUAUCACCUUUCCGACAUGCGCACAGCAUGCUCAGUUCCCAAAGCAAUUAAUACGACCUGCCAUUCAUUUUGAGGCUACAGUAUAGCAGUGAACACGGCGUCUAUUUCACAGCCAUGGAGAAGAUCAAGAAAAUCCUGACUCCCGGCAAAUCAGUUGACGAUGAGCUGUUGUACGGAGCAGGACACAGUGGCAGCAGCCCUUCGUCCGAUCGUUCUUCUAAAGGCCAUGGGUCAAACAUUGCCUCACGAGGAAACCCCGCUGGCAAGCCUCGUGAGGCGGCACUGAAUGAUGCGGACUCUGCGUUCCCAGUAGCUACCCGGGAUUAUGCCUCGCAAGAGGGAAAGCGACGAUUGCUAGCUUCAAACGCUACCUCCCCUCCUCAGGCCAUUCCGGGAGCUGCUGGCGAAGACUCCAGCGAAUCUCGCCCUGAUCUUUCGACCCCUAACAGCGCCGCAUCAAUUGCCAGUAUCAAAUCAAAUGUGAUCGGAAAGGUGCCUACUGGCAUGGCACUUGAAGGUGAAAAAGAGCAAAAUGCACUGCCAACGGUACCCACGACGGAUGGCAAGUUUAUGAGUGAAGAUGCGCUUGCAGACGAUUCGCUCAACCCCACCAGAUCUUCACCUUUUGUCGAGCCUAGCACAAGCAUGUCCCACCAAAACGCAAUAGUCAGCAACCCAGACUCAAAUUUCAAUUCAUCGCAAAGUGGCGUCGACCCGCCCGUCGAGCCCAAAACCGAUCAUCAUGCUCGCAAUGCAGCUUUUGGUGGAGCAGGAAUGGCAGAAAUGGCUGCAUACGAGGCUUUCAAAUCCGAGAACUUAGGUAAACCAGAAUCUAUUCCUCAGGCCGACCCUGCUCGAACUUCAGAGCACGUAGACAUUCCGAUUGGAAGUGGAUCGACUGCCACUCAUCGGCUUUACGAUGACUGGCGCUUAAAACAUAUGCCAGGAGCAUAUCCGGAAACUCCACAAUACGAAAGUGACAAAACCCUCGAAGUUGACAGGGCAGGUGUGGGUAGCGGUGCCGCUGUAGUCGCUGCGCAAAGGGCGUUCCAAAAGAAUACUUCUGCUAAAGAGACCCCUCUUAAGCAAACGGUUGGUGUCGAAACGGAGGCCAUACCAUGCACCUCUAUUGAACCACGUGUUGAUUCGGCUGCAAAACAGGCUGCUGUACGUAGCACAGCCGGCGGAAUGGCGACAUCACAGGUAUCCACUUCACGUAUUAUAAACCCGAAGCAGAAUGAUAAGGACUCUGACGUGGCCUUUGAUGAUAAAUUGAAGGAGUCAGAAGCGAAAAGAGAUAGCCAUGUCAACGAAUUCGCUCUUGCUGGAGCAGCAGCAGCAGCAACUACAGCCGCUGGCGCUUAUGAGGUCUCAAAGCAACGCGACAACGACAUGCUGUCCAAGUCUGACACUGAUCCAUUCCCUGCUUUUUCUGAAGACACAAAAGAUAACGUUCAUACCGAAGCACCGAAUGACGUUAAAGUGGUGCAAACGACUAUUGUCCCUAGUGACUAUCCCAAAGAACGCGAAUUCCCUCUUGCCGGAACCCCCGAGCAAAAUCAAGGGGUUACAAACUUCAGUUAUACUAACAACACUAAAAACAUCACAGCAGUUUCUCAGGAAAGUUCUUGUGCAGUGGAGGACCCCAAAUUUUCGACGCUCAUUGCUGAUACCGGGGCCGCUGGCGCAACUGGCUCAGCCGAGUACGACGCUCUCAACGAAGAACGACGCAGUGAUGCACUGAUCCACCCUCCGCAUCCCCAUGCUCUAGACGGCUACGAUGACCAGAGAGCACUGCCGGUUCAUGUCAAGAAAAAUAAUGCGCAAGAAACAGACGCCAACUAUAUCCACCACGAUACUGUUCCGGUUGGUAGUGAUGCAGCUGCAGUCGCACUUAGUACUCAAGAGUCCCACGAAUCUAAGCUCGAGAAGGAACGUGAAGAGCACCCAGAGCAAAGCUACGAUGGGCAUGAGUCAAGCAGCAAGCACGCACGCAAAAGUGAGGAGAAGCAUCGUCGAUCUACGAGCAAAUCUGAAGAUAAAGAGCACAAGCAUGGUCUUCUCCAUCGGAUUAUGCACCCUCGGGAGAGCAAGGAAGGACUGAAUGGAGAAAAUGCAGAGAAGACGUCUGCAGGAAAAUCGCCAGUGAGUCCUGAACGAAGUACGUUUGAGGAGCCGGAAAGUAAAUAUCCAGUUGGAUACAGCCCAAGUAGUACUUCUGAGCAUGCCAGGCAUGGUCAUGAGAGGAACAGAUUGCACAAGGACCCUCCGCCUGGCUAUAUAAGCAAACGAGAUGCUUAAAACGCGUAGGAAACUAUUCCCUUUUUAUGACGUGCUGAUGAUGAAUACUUUGUGGAAGUGCCCAUAAUGCGAGCGCACAAAUUAACGACAGUGGAAAGUGCUGCUUUUCUUAAAAGUAAUGAAUAUUAGUAAUGUCUUUUCAAUUUCCUACGUACCAAUUUCGUCGGUUUGACAUCCAUACCGUAUUUUAAGUCUCUCUUUGAUUUUGAUGAGUGUUUUAUCCAUG